CCUGCGCAGCAAAUAGGCGUAUCGUGAACCGUCAAAAAAUCGCCAGUAGCGAUCGCCAAAUAACAGAUCGAAGGAUCCCGUUUGUCAUUGUGUGAUCUCCACUGUGCUUGACCAAAACAGCCAGGUUUUUGUGGUGUUUGAUACGCCUGCAUUUGGAAUAGCUGAUUGUCCAUUCAAUCCGCAAAUCAUGGCGACAUAUGGAGAAACAGUAACGGAGGAAGACAAGGUGAAUAUAGUGUCGAGGUUUUUACUUCACGCACCUCCCGGAGAAUUCAACGAAGUCUUCAACGAUGUCAGGACUCUUCUCAACGAUGAUACCCUGUUGAAAGAAAAAUUGUCGGGGACAUUUGCGCAGUACAAUAAAGACCAGUUUACACCCGUACGUCUGGAAGGAGUUGAUGAAGCGGUUAUUAUCAGUGAACACAAUGAUCUCGGACGCCACCGGUUCUACGACCCGCGAUCCAAGCGCUCAUUCCGUUUUGAUCAUUUGCGCAAAGAAGCCAGCGAUAUCCAGCAGCAGGAGAUCGGUGAUGCGCGGGUGGAGUCCUGGCGGUCAGCAUUCGAGUCGCAUUUUAGCAGCUAUGUGGACAAUUAUUAUAAACAUGGCGUAUGUACCGUUUUUGCCAAAGCCGACGGUGGACAGUUUACAGUGGUCGUGGCCAUCGAAGAUCAUCAGUUCCAGCCCAAGAAUUACUGGAACGGUAGAUGGAGAUCGCAGUGGUCGCUGACAUUUUCACCAGGCUCAGACAGCAGUGUUGAACUGCGUGGCAUAAUUAAAGUGCAGGUGCAUUAUUAUGAGGAUGGAAACGUACAGCUGGUGAGCUCCAAAGAAAUCAAGGAUGAAGUGACAAUUACCAAUGAAACGGAAACAGCGAAAAACGUUUGCCAGAUAGUUCUGGAUGCGGAAAACGAUUAUCAGAUGGGAGUUUCAGAGAAUUAUAACACGAUGUCGGAAACCACCUUCAAAGCCCUGCGUCGACAAUUGCCACUUACGAGAACGAAAAUUGACUGGUCUAAAAUUACUGGUUACCGGCUUGCAAAUGAAAUUGGAGGCAAAGGGAGUUAAUAUGCAACUGAUCGACACAUUUAUGGCGAAAUAGUAGGAAAUACUAUAGUUAACUAUGUAAGUACGCUACGAUUGUAGUCCGACCGAAAUCGGUUUCUUUUGAUUGCAAUGCUUGUCGUUUGUUUCAGUUUUAUAUGUUUUUUAUGUAUUAAUGUAAUUGAUGCUUUUGUACUGCACCGAUAACUACAGAUAUUUUCGCCUUGGAUUGAUUCUGUUUACUUUUUAGUUAUCUGGUGCGCUGGUAUUUCCCGUACCGAUUUGUGAAAUAAAUUCUGCAGAAAUGCGAUUCUGA